AUAUGUUUUUUGUUGAUCGAGCUGGUUUCCCUCAUUUCACUCGUCAAGCCCUCUUCACGAACUUGUACAAUCGUUUGUAAGCAUUCGUUUAAAUGCCUCCUACAUACUUGCCGCUUCGUUGGGAGAGUACUGGAGACCAAUGGUGGUAUGCUUCACCAAUUGAUUGGGCAGCUGCAAAUGGUCACUAUGAUUUGGUGCGUGAGCUUCUUCGCUUAGAUGGAAAUCACCUUAUCAAGCUCACUUCACUACGUAGGAUCAGACGGCUCGAGUCUGUUUGGGAUGAUGAAGAGCAAUUUGAUGAUGUUGCUAGAUGUCGGUUACAGGUUGCAAGGAAGCUUCACCUUGAAUGUGAGACCAAGAAAGGGAAAAAUUCCCUACUUACAGCUGGCUAUGGUGGAUGGCUACUAUAUACUGCUGCCUCUGCUGGAGACCUGGAUUUUGUUCGAGAAUUGCUCGAAAAAGACCCCCUUUUGGUCUUUGGAGAAGGGGAGUAUGGUGUCACUGACAUAUUAUAUGCUGCUGCUAGGAGUAAAAACUGCGACGUGUUUAAGGUUUUGUUUGAUUUUGCUAUGUCUCCAAGGUUUAUAGCGCGUGGUGGCAGAGGUUUAGAGGAACAGAUUGGGGAGAUUCCAUCUGCUUAUAAAUGGGAGAUGAUGAAUAGAGCUAUUCAUGCAGCUGCUAGAGGAGGCAAUCUUAUGAUACUGAAGGAGCUUCUUGUUGACUGCUCUGAUGAUAUAUUGGCUUACAGAGACAUUCAGGGUGCAACUCUCUUACAUACGGCUGCUGGCAAAGGCCAGGUCGAGGUUGUUAAAUAUCUUUUAAAAAGUUCGGAUAUUAUCGACUCCAUAGACAACCAAGGCAACACUGCACUACAUGUGGCUGCUUGUAGGGGCCAAUUAGCUGUUGUUGAAGCUCUCAUUGUUUCUUCACCUUUGUUGAUCCAUUCAAAAAACAAUGCUGGAGAAACAUUUCUUCAUGUUGCCAUUAGUGGUUUCCAAACGCCUUAUUUCCGCAGAUUGGACCAUCAAAUCGAUCUCAUGAAGCAAUUAGUUUGUGGAAAAAUUCCCAAUGUUGAAGAGAUUGUUAAUGCUGAAAACAAUGACGGUAGAACUGCUCUUCAUUUGGCUGUCAUUGGAAAUAUUCAUUCUGAACUUGUGGAGUUACUUAUGACUGUCCGAUAUAUUAAUGUCAAUACUCGUGAUAAGGAUGGAAUGACACCACUUGAUAUCCUGAAGCAACGGCCACGUUCUGCUUCAUCAGAGCUACUUACAAAGCAGUUGAUAUCUGCAGGGGGGAUUUUCAGUCAUCACGAUUAUUCUGCAAGAAGAGUUGUUGCAUCCCAUUUAAAGAUGCAAAAUAUAAAUAGCAGUCCUGGAACUUCUUUUAGAAUCUCGGACACUGAAAUAUUCUUAUAUACGGGCAUUGAACAUGCAUCAGAUGGCAGUAGAAAUGCUGAGCUGAGUCAUCCCUGCACGAGUCCUGAUACCUUUUGUUCUACAAAUGGUAAGAAACCUGGUUCCGCAAAUGAUGCAGCACAAAAACUGAAACGCUUCUUCCAUUGGCCAAAAAUUAAGAAAAGAGAUAGUAAGAGAGUCAAGAUAUUGGUGGAUCAAAGUUCUGCUAGUAAUUCAGAUGUGGCACCAGUUACUCUACGAGAAAGGUACUCAAAGCCCUCAUCACUUCCGAACCACAAAAGGACUCUCUCUGCUAGUAGUAACCUUCCAAGUCCGACAGCAAAGAAGAAAUUUGCUUCAGGACUAGUAAACGGUGUCAUGCAGGCCAUACCACAUCUUAGCCUCCCUCGUAGAUCAUCUCGUGCAAGUUCAUUCUCAAUUUCAUCACUGUCUUCACGCAGUUCUAUGGACAAACAAAAAGCAAUUGUAACUGACACUGAGCUUGCUGGACCUUCUUGUUCUCAUCAAUCAGAGGGUGCACCAUCAGACUCGAUACACAAACAAAGCGCAGGACAUAAAAGGUUGGUGAACCAAUAUUUGUGUUUUGGUGCUUCAGGACGACCUGUCAAGGCUCCUUCAACCGGUAUGCAGCCAUAUGACAUCAAUGAGCGGUCUGUCCUAUCCGCAGCUUGACAAUGCUGGUUCUAAAAGGUGAAAAGAAGUACAUGUGAUGGCCUAUAUGCAUGGACUUCACAACAGUUUGCAGGGGAGUGAGCUCUUUUCCUGAUAAUUUUCAUGGUCGACGUGUCCGCAUGAGCUACUAACAUAUGAAAUAUUUCUCUGAAUUAGUCCUUUUUAUUGGAGAAGAAAAUGUAAAUAUGUUUGUAGCUGUAACAAAAUGACUUUGUUUCUGUACCUACUUGAGCAGUUGGAUGUAAUAAGAAACUUCCUCUUCAGCUGCUUGAACAAAUUU